GCCAGAUGCAUGGACCGUGCUGCCUGCAGAGCCCUGCCAGCCUGGCUGAGCCCGGCCCUGUGCUGUCCCCCGGGCCCCACAAAUCACAGCAGGGGUCAGGGCCUUGCAGGUGCCCACUGACCCUCCCACAGGCUCACUGCCACCACUCCUCUCUCCUAGGACAUGGCUCUCAUCCGGGAUCUCCAGGAGGAGAUGGACAGGAUAAAGUCAACACAGAUCCGCAUGGAAGGAGACGUAAAGAAGGUUAAGGAGUCGCUUCCCAUAAUGAAGAAGCUGGAGGAGGACCUUAAAAAGCUGAGGGAGGAUGCAACCAAGUGGAAAGAAGAGAGCAGCAAUGAGAUCUCUCAGCAAAUUGAGGCUUUGCGUCAGGACACAAAACGUGAGCUGCAGAAGAUGGGAGAGCAGCAGGAGAGGAGGAAUGCCAUGCUGGAGGAGAUGGUGACUGAGACAGCCAACCAAGUGAACGAGCAGCUCCUCCUGCGCUACGAGAAACUCCAGGAGAAGGCAGAAUCCCUGGAGUCCCGGCAGAUGCCCAGGGGAAAGCUCAAGAAAAUGAUGAAGAAUUGGGGACAGCUGGAGCAUGACCAUGAGCGUCUGCACUACAUGGAGGAAACACUUGUACGGAUGAAAGAAGACUGUGAGAAGCUCAGCUUUGUUUCUGGGAGCCUGCAGAAAGACGCUGAACAAAAGCAGAAAGCGAUCAAGAUGCUGUUCCAGUCUCUGGAGAAGGUGCAGAAAGAGAAAACAGAUGAGCAGGACGUGAUGGCAGCAGUGGAAGUGGUACAGUCUCAAUGGGCCUCUCUGCCAGCCCAAGGGUUUCCAGGCAGGGUGCCAAAUGCCCCUUGUCCCUUGGGGGCUGGGUUGCCAUACUGGCCUGGGGAGGGAGCAUUUCCCGAGCAUGUCCCGAGGGUUCCCUCACCCUCCCGAUGGUGGGAACAAACCCACCAGGGUGAUGGGGCAAAUGGGGCCACAGCACCCUAA